AUGUGUAAAUCGAUGAAAUCUGAUUUCGAGAAACAGAAGAGAGAAUAUCAGUCAAUGGUGGAAGAGCGUCGAAGACUGCGUACCAUACAGGAGAUGCGAAAUAAGCAGAGUGAAAUUGGAUGGAUGUUAUUGUGGUGCCCAUUGAGGGAUGUUCUUGAGGAGAUCCAAGUUAUUGAGAAGAAGCGAGAGAAGUUUCAAAAGGAGCUGAGAAUACUCCAGGAGGGAAUCGAGGAGGGCAAGUCCAAGAAAGAG